CUACCAAAGCCCCGAUACCAGAAACGGCCAAGCGGUGCAAUCAAGGCAAAUAGAAAGCCAAAUGAACCAAUCGAAUUCAAAAUACGUGUUCAGUCUAGAGGACGUUCACAAUCACGACGAUCCGGACGGCGAUGGGCUGUGGGUCAUAGUCGAUUCCUACGUUUUGGAUUUGACCGCUUUUCUCCAGAAGCACCCCGCUGGUGGCAAGAAAAUAUUGCAGCGGCGCAACAAGGCAAUCGAUAUAUCCUCGAACUUUCUCGACCACUUUGGCCACACAGUGCGAACCUUUAAGGAUGCGUGUCGAGAGCACGAGAAAACGGGCGAAAGGGUGACAUUCCGAUUCAAGGAAGUGGCCGAACCCGUACACCUGAUCGGAAAGGUCCGUUCCUCUCCAUAAGAGCACAUCACACCAAACCGUGUGCUUUGAGGCUAUCUCUGGAGCGUCGAACGAAUUGUUAUUUAAACGAGCAACCGGGAAACUACAUGAUCCAACUCUUGUGCCGAACCGUAUGGUCUGUAUUAUUAUAUGAACACUGGGAUAGAUGAAUCAUCGACGUAGUCACUCAUUCUUUUGAACUCUUUUCCGAAACUCGUACUGAAGUCGAUCAAAAUUCUAUGCAGCAACACUUGGAAAACAAAUCGAGGCUACGGACGAAUGCGUGCCAAUCGAUCUGGGCUGUUGACAGACCAAAAAACAUUGCUGCUUACAUACCAUAUCAGCGAAUUCUCAUAACACUUAAAGCAAAAUGGCUAGAAUUCGUAGGUGUUCGGUGUUAAAAAGUAUGGCAAAAAAAGAAUGAAUCUGAUAUCCCUUUCUUGCUAUUGCGACAUGGUACAUACGGUAGGACAGCUGGAAUAACACAGCUAGGAUCAAUACAGAUACAAUUUAAUCGAAUUGGAUAGAACAGCGCUAUGGAAAUGAUCGUAGGAUGACAGCACACUUUGGGUCUAAUAUCUCAAGGCCCUUGAUUCAUUCCCACUUUUCGCAACCAUAGUUGGCGAGCUUGGCUUGGCGCACAGGUCGUUCGUCAAACAAUUAAUGCCAAUGUUUUGC